AUGGCUCCAACAGCCGCCGUUGAUGUUUACUUUCCCAGCACGUCCGUGAAAUUCAAUCUGCCCAUCAAUGAGGAAUCGGAGAGCAUCUUCUCCAAGAUACCGUUGGCCCAGUUCCAAGUGCGGCGAAUGGCCAGCAACCGACUGGCCAGUGACUACAUCUACAGUCUGGAGGAUAAUACUUUGCUUCGGAUCAAUAGCUCCUCUGGAGAGAUAUAUAUGCGAACCGACUACAAGCCCCUGAAUGUGAGCACCCAGUAUGUGGUGACCGCCUUUCCUCGAGAUCAACAGGAUCACGAGCUGCUGCCCAUAUCGCACCUCACGCUGGAGGUAGUGCCGCAAUCCCUGGAGGAUUACUGUUCCGAGCUGGAGCACAUCUGUUUCUGGAACCGCGCCGAGUACAGUGUGGCCGAGUCUCAGGGUCAGUAUCGUCGGCGUGACUCCUUCGAACUGCUUAUAGGUGCUCUGAAUUCACGGGUCCAAUACCUGUGUCCGCAUGUCUCCUUGGAUUACUCCCUGACCGCUGGCAGCUCUCACUUUGUCCUUAAGCAGAAUCGUCUCUACACAAGGAUGCCUCUGGAUCAUGACGAGCUAAAUGGACUAAAUGCCAGGGCAGGACAGAUGCUGGUGGGGAUCACCUGCACGGUGAAGCUAUCCGCGCGGGAUCAGAGGAAAUUUACGCGCAAUUUCGAUAUCAAAUUACUCGAUCGGAAUGACAAUGGACCCAAGUUGCAGGAGAGCGAUUCCCGAUUCGAUUUCUACCUGGAUCAGCCCUACUUUCAAGAGAACAUGGCAGCGGGUGAGAAAGUCAUCUAUGUGGACAGGGACACGCUGGCGGCGAAUGCUCACCUGGUAUAUGCGGUGCACAACGACUCAUACGGACUAUUUCAUCCGGAUUGUCACGCCUAUGAGGCGGAUCACACGGGCAGGCCGCACACCAUCGUUAGUUGUCAACUCCGUUUUGUUCGCAGCGGAAUGCUUCGUGAAACCCCUUAUUGCGUCUCCCUGGAGGCCCGCGACCUCACCAUUGUCACCCACAAUGAGGCCAUGUCUGCCACGGCCUACAUUUGUUACCACGUCAACUUGGACAAUCUUCAUGAGACGGAUCGCGAGGAGUUGCCCCAGGCGCUGCCCCUGAAGCAGCAGCAGAGAUUCGAUACUGAUUUCGGCGGCGGAAGAUCCCGGGGUCCUGUAUCAGUGGACUACGUGAAGGAUGUGUCUGUGUUCCGGACAGCAUCGUCCUACUAUAGAGUCACCCAGCCGGAGAGCUUCCAGCAGCUAAUGAGAUCUCGUUCGAUUCGAUUUGACAUCGUGGAGGAUCGCAGUGGAGCCUUUGGCAUUACCCAGACAUCGGGAAUUAUCUAUGUGAAGAAUCCCAAGGCUCUGGAAGAGGCACGAACGAUAUACUUCCUCAACAUCACCUGGAUAGACAAGGAGCGCCUGUCUCAUGUCCGGGUGAUCAACAUACACCUGAUCCAUGGAAGGCCAGAUAACACCAGCUGCGAAUUAAAGAUCAAAUCAGGUUCGCAAACCUGCGCCCAGGUCAAGUACCAGUCGCAGUGCAUCCGCUUUUGCGGCCUGGCCACCGGCGGAGGAUCUUGUGAGUGGCGUGGCUCUCAUGCCGCCAUGUUUAGCACCAAGUUUGGGUCGUGUGUACCUGAAGCUCGACACUGUCCCGAUCAUGUUUGUGAUCCCCUGGAGGAACUAAACCCUAUGGCCUGUCCCCAAGACUGCACCUCGCACAAUAAUCUAAUGGGCGCCCAGAUAAGUAACGACAACAAGCUAGGCAUCUACAGCGGAUCGGGAACGUGCUUCUGUGAGGACAAUGGCAAGUGUUCCUGCGCUCCUUUGGAUGCGGAACCCAAGGCCAAGAAGUCACGUAAGCGGAAGAACGAGACAGACCCGGCGGAACCUAUCCUGGAGAGGAGAGGAGGUGCCUUGGGAGACCCACCACAAUCCCUGCAGGAUCCCGUGCUUCUGGGUGUACUUAACGUGGCUGGCUUUGAGUGCGAUCGCUCCUGCAUGUUCUUUGUGAUCAGUUGUCCCAUGGUCUUUGUCCUACUGCUUCUCGGCCUACUUAUUGCCCAGAGAAAGAUGCUCAAGCGACGGCUGGGCAAGCAAUCGAUGAUCCCUAACGGCAAGCUCUCCCUUCCCGAACCUGGUGACGGUGAUCUGCCUCUAAUGCCUCUCCAAGGUGGCUUCAAGUUCGAGAGUGGCGAUGCCAAGUGGGAGUUCCCGAGGGAGAAGCUUCAGCUGGACACUGUCCUGGGAGAGGGAGAAUUCGGCCAGGUGCUAAAGGGUUAUGCUACCGAUAUUGCUGGCCUGAAUGGAGUCACCACGGUGGCCGUGAAGAUGCUCAAGAAGGGUGCCAACUCUGUGGAGUACAUGGCUUUGCUCUCUGAGUUCCAGCUCUUGCAAGAGGUCUCGCAUCCAAAUGUUAUCAAACUUUUGGGAGCGUGCAAUCAAUCCUCGGAGGCACCGCUCCUAAUCAUUGAGUAUGCACGCUAUGGAUCGUUAAGAAGCUAUCUGCGUCUUAGCCGAAAGAUCGAGAGUGCCGGCGUGGACUUUGCGGAUGGCGUGGAGCCUGUCAAUGUCAAGAUGGUGCUCACAUUUGCCUGGCAGAUCUGCAAGGGAAUGGCCUACCUCACCGAGCUCAAGUUGGUUCAUCGCGAUUUGGCCGCCAGAAAUGUCCUCUUGGCGGAUGGCAAGAUAUGCAAGAUCUCAGAUUUUGGCCUAACCAGAGACGUCUACGAGGAUGAUGCCUACUUGAAGCGUUCAAGGGAUCGUGUGCCUGUGAAGUGGAUGGCUCCUGAAUCCCUGGCCGAUCACGUCUACACCAGCAAGUCGGAUGUCUUCUUUGGCGUUCUCUGUUGGGAAGUAAUCACUUUGGGUGCCUCGCCCUAUCCUGGCAUUCCUCCUCAGAAUCUUUGGUCCCUCCUAAAGACAGGAUAUCGAAUGGAAAGACCAGAAAACUGCUCGGAAGCGGUGUACUCCAUAGCACGGACAUGUUGGGCGGAUGAUCCCAAUGCCAGGCCCUCUUUCAAGUUCCUGGCAGCGGAAUUCGAGAAGCUGCUGGGCAACAAUGCCAAGUAUAUAGAUCUAGAGACGAAUGCUGUCUCAAAUCCUCUCUACUGUGGCGAUGAAUCCGCCCUGAUGAGUUCCUCGGACUUGGGGGAACCAGAGUGUUUGGAUCACCUUUGGUGUCCACCCAAAAUAGCCUACGACAUCCAUGACCAAGGCACUAGCUAUGACCAAUCGGAAUCGGAGAUGCCAGCAGCAUCAAGUGUUCCUCCAGGUUACGAUCUGCCUCGCCCCCUGAUCGAUGCCAAUGCCAAGGAGCAGGUCCUACGUUACGAAAACGAUAUGAGAUUCCCGCUUAACAUACGUAAGUCCAGUUGCUGCUCACCGAGUUACAGCAACAUGAACAAUGGGGCCAACGCUUUGCCGCACUACUCGGUGCCCGUGAAGAGGGGUCGCUCAUAUUUGGACAUGACCAAUCGGAGCCUUAUACCCGACAAUCUGGACAGCAGGGAUUUUGAGAAGCAUCUGUCCAAGACUAUAUCUUUUAGGUUUUCUAGCUUACUGAACCUCAAGGAGACAGCGGAAACAGGGUUGCCAGAACAGCUAGGAGGAGAUGCUGUCUAGGUAGCACUUCCUGAAACCUGACCUUGUAUAGGUUCCACAUCCAUUUAGUUCACAUUUUAUCUGCGCCUGCCUUUUAGUUCAAACUGUUUGUUGAUUAGUUUUAGUUUAUCAAAUUUAGUCUCAUAGCUUUAUUCCGAUGCCAAAACAAGGGAUUCUAAACGAAACGAAUGCCACUUCGAAUAUUACCCGACAGUUAGAGAAAGAAUUAACCAAAGACAGCACUUGUAAAUUCCGUUCUUAAGCUCUAAUUUAAAUAUAAAUAACUAUCAUAAAUAAAUAAACCUUAACUUGCCUAAUUUAGUUGUAAGAAAAAUCAAGUUUUGUAAAAAUCCUACAAAAUAUGAGAUAAAAAGUAUCAUAUUUUAGAUAUAUAUUCAAGCCAUUGCUAUAUAUGUAUAACUUGUGCUUCGAAAAGAGCUCCAAGAUAGUGCCUGCUUGCUAAAAGGUUUUAUGAAAAACAUAUUUGAUAAAAUAAUGUAUGUAUAAGUUAAGAAACUAAUGAGUCAUG